GCGUGUCUCUCUUGGAAACGGAACGCUGAAGGCUCUGAGCUAGAGAUACACAGGAUUGAAAAAUGGCUGAAUCCGCUUAUCACAUGGAGGCACUGAGACGCCAGAGAGUUAUAGACAGAAAGAAAGCCGCCCUUGACAAAAUGAUGAAUGGUGGUAAUCAGGACUCUGUGGAGAAUAUUGAGCAAAGCAAUGCUAAAAACACCAUUUUAUUCACUGGUCCUGGUGAUUAUGACACAAACAGAUGCAGUGGAUCGCUGCCACCAAAACCGCAUAGAGAGAUGAGUGUGGUUUUGCAGGAGGUUGUUCAUGACCCUAACUUUAAUUAUAGAAUACUUAAGGAAGAGGGUGAACCCCCUUUGCAUGUUGAUCCUAUUUAUAGAAUUAUGUACCCUGGAGCUGUUAUUUACAAAAAUGAAUGAAAUUGAGGCCACUCUAGGAGAAAAAGCUCAAGCAAAGAAGAAUAAACCUUUACCUAAGAAACAAUUGCCUGUUAAAAAACCUCCACCAGAAUCAAUUAGAAACAUAAAGCGUAAUAUGGUUUUUAAGAUACUUCACCCGUAUGACUUUGAUUAAACAAUGGCUGUUUAUUUUGUUUAGAUUUAUGGCAUUCGAUCACUAUCGAUUCAUCGUUUGAAAAAAAAAAAUCAUGUUGGGUGCUAAAUGUUGUUAAUAUGUAGAUUUUUUUCCUGUAUAUGUUUGUGUGUGUGUUUGUUUGUAUUUUGCCAAUUUUUCUUUUUUUCUAUUGAGAUAUUUUAUCCCUUCCAAUUUGGAGAAUUGUAGAUGUUGCUAACAGAUUAACAAAACCUGAUGUAUUUGCUCAAAGCUAGUAACAUGCCGUACAGUAUUUCUAAAGCAUUAUUUUUCAUUGUUAUAAUUUGUGUCAUAUACUGUAGUUGAUUUUAAUUUGUGGAACCUUAUUCAACUAGUCACACCCAAUAUCAGUAUUACAUAAAAGUGCAUCUAAUACUCUGUACUACAGCUUUUUUUAAUUGUUACGUUUUUUUUUACAGUGCUUUUAUAACCUGUUAUUUAUUUUGCAUGUUUACCACAGGAGCUGUGUGUGUUUUACUGGAUUGAUUCUGAGUUUGUUGUGAUGGGAUGAAAUUUCAUGAAAAUGAUUAUAUGUUUUUCAAAAAUGCACACAGCUCCUGUUAAAGAUUUAGAUUUUAAAAUUGAUCUAACAAUGUAGAAAUAUAACCCAAUGCAGAAACGGGGUUCUUCACCAGCUCGUAGUGGUAAGAAAACAUUUCAAGAAAUCUACCCAAACACUAGCUUGUUUUCAAUUUUUCAGAAUAAUCUUGCCAGCUCACAGAAUCUAUCAUAGGAAAGCUGACAAUACACCUGAGGACAAAGUGUUUCCUUUACUGCAUCCUAAGGAAUAUGAACACGAAAAACCAAUAACUCAACUGCCUCCUAGAAAACCACACUUUAAAGUUUAAAUAAGCAACAUUUUUCAAUUUAAAAAAAAAACAAAACAGAUCUAGUCCACAAAGGAAACUGCAUUUUAACUUGUGUUGUCAGGAAGAAAGCACUUCCAUAAAUAAAUGCCUUAUGCAAAUGUUUUUUGGUUCAUAUAUUAGUGUGAAAAUGUGGGAAGUAACUUUUCUUCAAAUGUUCAAAUAAUAGAUGUAAUCUCCCCAUUAAUGUAGAUGCAUUUACAACUGGAUUGGAACAGAGAGAUGUAGAAGGCAAUAUGACCACAGUCGUAAUGGUCCAAUUCUCCCUAGCACCUGGCAUAAUCUUCGACAAGAAUUAAAUUCUAUAGGACGCAGUACACCAUUAUAUGCUGGUGAAGGACGCCCUUCUAGAUUUGAUGAUCUACUUGCUAUAAGAAAGGUCAACCGUAAGAAAUAGAGAUAAAUUGUAAUGCAUGCCUUUUUUUGUGUAACCUAAUUUUUCUAUUCAAUUUCUUAUCUUUUAAUUCUUUGCUUGAAAAGAUAACUCAUGCAGAUUAAAGUAUUUGCCAUUUAUUCAAGAUUUGCUGUUGACUAAAGCAGUUUGAUAUAAUCUAAACUUGUGUGAUUUUCAAAGCUGGAGAAUAUUUUGAGGUGAUUUAUGUUAUCUUUGAUAUGCAUGUUAAGAUAGGAAUUUAUAUUUCUAUGUGAGUAUUGUUGUUUAUCUUUGGAAAACUGUAUGGUGGCUGGUUUAUUUUAUUCUUCUUCCAGUUGUGAGGACAUUUUAUCAGUAUUAUUUUUGCAAUAUAUCUAUAUACACAUUAUGUAUUUGUUGUUUGCACUUUUGCACAUGUCUAUGUACUUUCAUUGUUAUUUAUUUAUAUCCACAGAUGUCGUAUUUUGUGAUCAUUCAGUUGAUGCAUUUUACAGUGUUUGAGAUCAAGUUUAAAUCACUUUGAAAAUAUUUUUUUUUUUUUUUAAAAGCAUGCUUUUUAUUUUUUCAGUUUUCUUAAAUUAUCAUUGGGAAAAGAUGUUCACAAUUAUAUAAUUGAAAAACUUGAGUGUUAAGAUUGCUUUUUCAAUUUCAUAUUUCAAUAAACACUUAUUUUUGUG